CCCGUGAUGCUGCCACGUGGUUGGGUUCUCCAGGAAGUGUCGGGGAAGAGACGAGGUUGGCUGGCGUCUUCGCAGUGGGAUCUAGGUCAACCAUGAAGCUGAAAAGAGGAAACAAGUUUAAGAUCCCAUCGAAAUUGAAGCAGAAAGGCAUCCAGGUAACAGGGAAAUGGAAACCUAUUGAGAUUGACCCAAAUCUCUUUGCUGAUGAGCAACUUGGAGGGUUAGUAUGUUUUGAAGAACUUACAGAUUAUAAACUGGUGACUUCAUCUAAAGCGGGAGAAGAAGCCAAGAAGAGAAAAGCCGAUAGCCAGCAGGAGGAAGCGCCUGUGGAGACAGAGAGCACCGUUCCCAAAAAGAAGAGGAAGAAAGAGAAAAAUGUAGGACAGGAAGCCCACGGACAUGAUGAACUGAAAACAGACGAUCAGGCAACCGAGUGGGAAGGCACUGUUCUUAGCCAAGUUGAGAGCAAUGCAGGAGUUGCAACGAGCUUGAAAAGAAAACAGAAAAAGAGAAAACGGAAGAAGAAAGCAUGUGCUGCCCAAGAUGCACCCACCACAUCGUCUAAAAAAGCAAAAAACUGGACAGCAGAAGUUCUGUCUGCCUCGUCAGACCUCCAGGUAGACAUGUCGGCAUGGAAAGAACUCUUUGUUCCUGAGCCCGUUCUUCAGGCACUGGGUGAAUUAGGGUUCAGUGCUCCAACUCCUAUUCAGGCUCUGGCUCUGCCUUCUGCCAUUCGAGAUAGCAUGGAUGUCCUUGGUGCUGCAGAAACAGGAAGUGGAAAGACUCUCGCUUUUGCAAUUCCAAUGAUCCACUCCAUUCUUCAGUGGCGAGUAUCGAAAAAUUUGCCAAGUGGAAGUGAUGGUACCCUUGAAGAAGCAGCAGGUAGAGAGGAUGCUGUGCCAAGCUGGGAAGUGACUGAGGAAGCAGAAGGCCUGAACCCUGAUGGGAAGAAAGCUAGUGGCCCUGUUGCUGAGGAUGACGAAUCUCCGGCAACAGGCUGCGUGAAGGUGUUGGAGGACGUAGAAUUGGAUUUGGAUGCCAAGAAACAUGAUGCAAAGGAAAGCAAUCCUCUUCUGGGAUUGGUCCUCACUCCUACAAGGGAAUUGGCAGUCCAAGUGAAACAUCAUAUUGAUGCAGUAGCCAAGUACACAGGUGUUAAGACAGCUCUUCUUGUCGGUGGAAUGGCUUCUCAGAAACAGCAGCGAGUCUUGAAAAGGAAGCCAGAAAUAAUUGUCGCGACCCCAGGGCGCCUGUGGGAGUUGGUUCAGGAGAGGCAUCCGCAUCUGUCCAGCCUCCGGCAGCUCAGGUGCUUGGUGAUCGAUGAAGCCGACCGGAUGGUUGAGAAAGGACAUUUCCAAGAACUCUCUCAGUUGCUGGAAAUGCUGAACGAUUCACAGUAUAACCCCAGGCGUCAGAUUUUUGUCUUUUCUGCCACCCUGACUUUGAUCCACCAGACUCCCGUUAGAGUCCUCCAGAAAAAAAACACUGUGAAAAUAGACAGGACAGCCAAGCUGGAAAUGCUGAUGCAGAAAGUGGGUAUCAAGAGCAAGCCCAAAGUGAUUGACUUGACAAGAAAAGAGGCCACUGUGGAGACCCUCACAGAGACCAGAAUCCACUGUAAUGCGGAUGAGAAGGACUAUUACCUUUAUUAUUUUCUGCUGCAGUACCCUGGCAGGACUAUGGUUUUUGCAAACAGUAUAGACUGUAUCAAACGACUGACAGCACUCUUGACCAUACUGGACUGCAGUCCUCUGCCUCUUCAUGCAAAUAUGCAUCAGAAACAAAGGCUGAAAAACCUGGAGAGGUUUGCAGAACGUGACCACUGCGUCCUCCUCACAACUGAUGUUGCCGCUCGUGGGCUUGACAUUCCUAACGUGCAGCAUGUCAUUCAUUACCAGGUUCCUCGUACUUCCGAAGUCUAUGUGCACAGGAGUGGAAGGACUGCCAGGGCCGCCAGUGACGGCCUGAGCUUGUUGUUGAUUGGCCCAAGCGAUGUGAUGAAUUUUAAAAGAAUUUAUAAGACAUUGGCAAAGAGUGAAGAGCUUCCUUUUUUUCCGGUGGAAAUGAAAUGCAUGACUGCUAUCAAGGAGAGGGUAAACUUGGCGCGACAGAUCGAGAAGGUGGAGUAUUUCAGCAGCCGAGCAAAACAGCACAACUCUUGGCUGCAGCAAGCCGCCGACGCCCUCGAGCUUGAUCUGGAUGACGAGGCCCUGAUAGGAGGCCGGCCCAGUGAGCAAGAAGAGAGUCAGAAGCAGAAGAUGCUGAAAGGGAUGAAGAAGCAUCUGAAACACUUGCUCUCUCAGCCAGUAUUUAAAAAACUUAUGAAGACCAAAUACCCAACCCAGUCUGGAAAACUGCUCUUGCCUGACCUUUUGGAGACAAGUUCCCAGUCUGCGCUGGGUGCCAUGUCCAAAGCCCAGAGGAAGAAGAAGAAGCAGCAGCAGCAAAGUAUGGACAUCUGAUAGGAGUUGUAGGGAGUCAAGAUGAGGAACACUUAUUUCUCCGUCUCAAAGCUACGUCUGGCCACCAAGUGUUCUGACCACCUUUAUAAACAUACCUGUCCUGGAAUGGUUGCCACCCCCCCCCAUUGUUUCUGUUCUUGUGUAUUGCUGUGAUUACAUACAAAUACAGUU